GAGUCUGGCAAUUAUUUCACCGGCCUUGACGUAUUUCAUUCCCUACACUGCCUGAAUCGUCUUCGGCAAGCUCUGCAUCCCGAAUACUACCGGCACGGCAUCUUCGACAGCCCAGACGACCCUUCCAGGGCAGAUCAUAUCAACCAUUGUAUCAAUCACUUGCGCCAGUCGAUACAGUGCCACUCCGAUCUUACUCCGAUGGCGUGGGUCCAAAGUGGACGGAAAAUCAUCUUGAAGGCAGGGACGGAGCACACGUGUAGAGACUUCGCGAAGGUCCAUGAUUGGGCAAGUCGUAGAGCCACCAAGUUUGAUAACAUCGAGAGCAUCAGCAACGGUAGCCUUGUCGUAGUGGAUUGA